AUGUCACAGCAAAAGCAAACAUAUAUGAACAAUAAAUUUACGGAUUCACCACCUUUGAAUGUACAAGCAGCAGCAAUCUUAGGAAUAAACUCAUCAAAAUACAGUACAUACACUACCAUUAUCAAACGCUAUGAGAAGUUGGCUAAAGGAAACGAUUGGGUGAAUGAAGACAAGACCAUUUGGCCUAUAUCAAAAGAAAAUCUCUCUAAAUUCAUAUCAUACUUACAUCCAAAAGUUGCACCUCCAACCAUAAUAUCGUACCUAUCCGCGUUAAACCAUCAUCAUAACAUGAAUCACACAGACUGGAGUCAGAUUCGUUAUGAUCCGUUAAUAAAGCAAUUGCUAAAAACAAUUGAAGAUAACCACACGUUCAAACCAACAAAGCAAAAAGAGCACAUUACACGUGAUCAACUGCGAUACAUAAUAACAAAAUUAAAUCUAAACGAUCCGGAUAACUUGUUGUUUUGGACAACGGCACUAGUGGCAUUUUACGGCCUGGCCAGACUGGGGGAACUCCUACCCAAGUCACAACAAGACAUAACAAAAAUACCCACGUUACAGGCUUUGAAAUUUGAGAAAUCAGAUACUAAUACAUUCGCAACAAUUCAGUUACCUAGAACAAAGAAUCACAAAAUCGUGGAACGUCCAAUACUAAUUAUCAACCAAACUAAAGACGACUUAUGCCCAAUUCACAUACUAAAAGCAUACAUUGUUCGCAGGACCAACACGACAUAUGCCCCAAGGAGUAAGGCAUUAUUCAUUAAGGCCAAUGGAAACUUAGCGACGAAAGCUUGGUUUAUAAACAACCUCAAGUCUCUGUUACCCGGCGCAAAUGUGGCAGGUCACAGCUUUCGUGCCGGAGGUACAACAGAAUUGGUGCUGCGGGGCGUGCAGCUACCAUUAAUUCAAAGGAUAGGCAGAUGGUCAUCUGACGCGUUCUACAAGUACAUCCGAACACACCAUGCAACGGUGGCCGCCAUUCUAAGUAAAGCUUAUUCUGACUAA